CUCCAUCUGAAACCAGUGACCGGAGGAGGGACAAGAAUAAUAACGAAGUCCUUGGAAAUACUGCACCACUGCAGCUGUGUUCCGUGCAUCCUCUGUGGGCCUAGUAGAGGAGGUUGGCCCUGUGGCCAUGGGAGAGAAGGGUCGCCUGAGCCGGGUGUUGUUGGAAUGCAGUCUCAGUGACAAGCUGUGUGUUGUCGGAGAGGGGCAGUAUGAAGUAAUUGUUGUUCCGGCUCUCCUGGUUGGCAGCUUCCUCAUCCUUCUUGCAAUCAUCCUGUGGCUUUUUAUCAGAGGACAGAGAUCUCAAAGGCAGCGUCCUGGACCCCAAGGUACUGCCUCUGUACCUGCAUCUAGGGGCAGAAGCCAGGAGGCAACAGGACACGGAGAAAAAGUGCUCCUGCCUCUUAAGGAGACCUCAGUGGAGGGCUUUCUACAAGCGGCCACACCCCGCCUGGCUAAGCUGCAGGUGCCCAGGGAACAACUCUUGGAGGUUCUGGGGCAGAUCCACAAUGGUAGUUGUGGGACCCUCUAUCAUGCAACAAUGACCACCAAGGAUCACCCUAAGACAAAAAGUGUUGUCCUUAAGGCUUUAGAAGAUCCAGUUGGACUCCAGGAGGUCCAGGAUUUUAUAGGACGAAUCCAAUUCUAUCAGUACCUGGGGAAACACAAGAACCUGGUACAGCUGGAGGGCUGCUGUACAGAAAGGCUGCCACUCUACAUGAUGCUGGAGGAUGUGGUCCCAGGGGACCUGCUCAACUUUCUUUGGACUUGUCGUAGGGAUGUGAUGACCACGGGUGGCCUGCUCUAUGAUCUCACAGAAAAACAAAUAUAUCACAUUGGAAAGCAGAUCCUUUUGGCCCUGGAAUUCCUGCAGGAGAAGCAUCUGUUUCAUGGGGAUGUGGCUGCCAGGAACAUCCUUGUCCAAAGAGACCUGACACCCAAACUUUGUCAUUUGGGCCUGGCUUAUGAAGUUCAUGCCCAUGGGGCCAUCUCCUCUGCUCGAUCCAGCACCGUCCCUCUCAAGUGGCUUGCUCCAGAACGUCUUCUCCUGAGAUCUGCAGGCAUCAAGGGAGAUAUUUGGUCCUUUGGGAUCCUGCUUUAUGAGAUGGUGACCCUAGGGGCACCGCCAUACCCUGAAGUCCCUCCUACCAGCAUCCUACAGUAUCUUCAGAGAAAGAAAAUCAUGAAGAGACCCAGCAGCUGCUCACAUGCCAUGUACAAUAUCAUGAAGUGCUGUUGGCGCUGGAGUGAGGACAGCCGUCCCUUACCUGGUGAGCUGUGCCAACGCCUAGAAGCUGCCUCUAGAUCUGCCAAUGACAAUGCUGUGUUGCAAGUGCCAGAGUUGGUGGUGCCUGAACUGUAUGCAGAUGUGGCUGGCAUCAGUGCAGAGAGCAUUUCCUAUAGAUUCAGUGUCCUUUGAAGAUGGUCCCAGACAAGUAACUAUAUAUGGGUGGAAUGAGUUCCUUCAAGAACAGAGAGAAGGAAUGUCUAUGGCCCACCAAGGGAGAAAAAGGACAUGGAUCCUGCAUCUUUCCCUAAAUAUUUUCCUAGAGAUGUGAAAUGCUGCUGGAUGAAGCUCUACCUCUACAUACCAUGUAAUCUUGAGUAAGAAUCAUCAUCAAUUGUAGUUUGCUUUCCAGUCCCAAGGGCUGAAGUAUAAGUGGUGAACUGUGUCAUUCUAAAGGAGGUUUUAAAAACCUGCAAUGAUUGUAAGGGAAAAGGGCAAAAGGGCUGGUCCCACUCACUCCAGGCUGGUUUACUACUGAAACUAGUUUUUUUUUUUUUUUUUUUAAAGAAGUUAAACUAUUACAGAGUAAAAUUAAACCAGACCGGCAUGAAUGAAUACCUUCUAAUUUUUAACCAUGAAUUGAAUAUUAGAAUUCAUGAGAAAGAAAAUUCUAGGUUCUUUUUGCUGAGAAGUGUAUAUCCUUCAAGGAAAGGUUUUGUCUUAUCUAUGUUGAAGGGACAUAAACGUCCUAGUCCCUUCAUGAAGAGCUGAAGAACUAUAAGAAAUAAUACUGAGCUUUUCCUUGACUAUAGAUAGAAGAGUCUCCUUUCAUUUAAAUCUGAGACAGGUGGACCAUGCAUGAUACUAAGUUUAAUUAGAAGCAGGAGGAGUCAUUUCAUGAUUAAGAACAUUGUUCAUCGCAUUUGCUUGCCAGUUCCUGUAAGAGAAUCAGCAUAUAGAGCCAAAGUUAGAACGAGGAAUAAAAAGUGUGUGUGUGUGUGUGUGUGUGUGUGUGUGUGUGUGUAACAAAUAGGAAGCAUGAAAGCCAAGCAAGAAGAUUUAGUAACCCAGAUGAUCAUUAAGAGGUACAGAGAACAAGUAAUCUUGUAGGAAUGGAUGGUGGCUUCUAAUUUUUAACCAUCCAUUGAAAUACUGUGAAGCAACUCAUUAAACUAGUAUUUAUUGACCAAACGUGGACUUCUCAGGUGUAUAGCUGCCAAAAUCCCUACAAUAAAGAGGCUAAAAGAAAAUAAAUGCGAGUAAUUUUACUGGGAAAAUCAGAGAACCUACAGUUUCCAAAAAGAGAUUCUUUUUUGCAAAAUGAGAUGACUAUCUGCCUCAAAGGGUUGGUGUGAGGAACAAUGAGAAUAUGUAUUUGU